AUGGCUUCCUUUCAAGCAGGAACUGCUGUUGCUCCAUCUUCACAAGUUGAAAUUAGCGUCGCAUGCAAAAACCUUCGGGACAAAGAUGCUUUCUCCAAAUCAGAUCCAGUUGUUGUUGUUUUCACAAAAGAUGUUCGAACAAAUUCAUAUUAUGAGUUUGGAAGAAGUGAAAUGAUCAAGAAUUGCCUCAAUCCUCAAUUUGUGAAGAAGUUCAUCAUGAACUACUUCUUUGAAGAAAGUCAAAAGCUGAAAUUUGAAGUGUAUGAUGUUGAUUCUCCUAGCCAAAGACUAGAUGCACAUGAUUUCUUAGGGAGACUUGAAUGUACCUUGGGAGAAAUUGUUAGUGCCCUUGGUGGGAAACUCGAGAAGCCGAUGACUGGUUUGAAAGGAACACCAGGACAAAUUAUAAUCAGGGCAGAAGAAAUCAGCUCCUGCAAGGAAAGUGUAACAAUGCAUUUCUGUGCUACCCAUCUUGAUAAAAAAGAUUUUCUUGGCAAAUCAGAUCCUUUCCUUGUGUUCUACAGAGCUAAUGAAGAUAACAGUUAUACAACAGUUCAUAAGACAGAAGUUAUCAAGAAUACCCUCAAUCCUACGUGGCGGCCGUUCACAAUCCCAGCGAGAGCUCUUUGUAAUGGAGACUAUGACAGGAACAUCAGAGUGGAAUGCUAUGACUGGGAUGGUGAUGGAGGCAGCCAUGACUUAAUUGGUGAGUUUACCACCAACCUGCGAGAGAUGACAAGGGGAGGAAGCUCCGGCAGCAGUUACCAGCCGUUCACCAGAGAGGUAAUCAAUCCUAAGAAGAAAGCAAAAAAGAAAAAUUAUAAAAAUUCUGGACAGGUAACACUGAUGAAUUGUAAGAUUGAGAUCCACCCGUCAUUCCUGGAUUAUGUUAAAGGAGGAACACAACUCAACUUCACAGUGGCAAUUGAUUUCACAGCAUCCAAUGGUAAUCCAGCUAGUCCUACGUCACUUCACUACUAUAGUCCGUAUCAACCCAACCAGUAUGGAGCAGCUAUUCAGGCUGUAGGCGAGAUUAUACAGGACUAUGAUAGUGAUAAGAUGUUUCCUGUGCUGGGGUUCGGUGGCAAGCUUCCAGAUGGUUCAGUUUCCCAUGAGUUUCCAUUAAACUUUAAUUCAGCCAACCCCUACUGUGCUGGUAUACAAGGUAUCAUGCAGGCAUAUUACGGAGCUUUACAGAAGGUGCAGCUUUACGGUCCAACAAACUUUUCCCCCGUCAUACAACAUGUAGCAAGAUUUGCAUCAUCUAUGAGAGAUGGAAACAGUUACUUUGUAUUGCUGAUCCUAACUGAUGGUGUGAUCACAGAUUUACCCAAUACGAUAGAGGCUAUUGUACAUAGUUCUGGCCUUCCAAUGUCAAUCAUCAUUGUAGGAGUGGGUAAUGCCGAGUUUGACGCCAUGGAUGUUCUAGAUGCAGACAACAACAGAUUGUCCAGUCGUGGAAAACAAGCAGUUAGAGACAUAGUUCAGUUUGUUCCUUUCCGUGACUUCAUGGGAGGUAAAUUUGGGAAUAACAUGCAGAUAUCUCAGGCUGCCCUGGCAAAGGAAGUCCUUGCGGAAAUACCAGACCAGUUUCUUCAAUAUAUGAAAGCAAAUAAUAUAAAACCCAAAACACCCAAAGAAAAUAUAAGUGCGCCGGGCCAGGGACCACCACAAAUGGCACCACCACCAGGAGGCGCUCCAUCAAUGGCACCACCACCAGGAGGCGCUGCGAACAUGCCAUCACAUCAAGGAAUGCCUAACCAAGGAAUGAGUCCCUACCCCCAAGCCCCUCCUCCAGCGUACCCCCAGGAAGGACCACAGAAAACCAUGCCACCUCGGCCCCCACCUCCAGGGGGCGCUAGUGCACCACCAUAUCCUAGAUAAUGAACUCUAAAAGAUUGAAUGGAGUGAAACUGGCUGUUACCAAGCUUGAUUACAAUGUUAAAAGUUCAAAGUUAACUAAAUCAUAUAUGUUGAUAUUUACUUGUUUUGAAUAUGUACAUUUAAUUUAGUUUCAUUAUAGUAUGUGUGAUAUAUAAUUAAUCUUAUCUCAUGGUAAUACCAUUGUCUGCUAUUGUGAUGUGUGUAACAGUGUAAAUUUACAGCAAUGUAAUGUGUACCUACCUGUCAGUGAUCGUCUUCACUCUAGAAGACCCAUUAUACAGCUUUCAACUCAAAGUCAUUAUUAUUAUUACUAUUGAUAAUAUAUUUUAUGUCGCUAGCCUUGUGGACAUUUUUAAGAUUGCAAUUGAAUAUUUCACUAUAUCAGUGAUGUUCAAUGUUUAUUUACUUAAGAUGAAGGAAUCUUUGUUGUGACCUGGUCAUUCCUCACUGUGAAGGAUAAGCGUUUGAAUACCUGUGAUUCCUGGGUCAUCUCCUCAGGAGAAGUGGGAAAUAUUGUGGUCUUCCUGUAACUACUGUAUUCAGCUUACUUUGUACUUCUGUAUUUGACUUAAACAUCAGUAUGUGUAUGGUGUGCAAUGUAGUUUAACUUAUGUAUCAAUUCUUACCUGUUAUUUGUUCCACAGAUUCAGUUUUGUUGAGUGUUGGUUUAACUUCAGUAUUAUGUUAAGGGACAUCACAAUAAAAACAAAUAUUUAGAAAUUGAAUUGUCAUAUUAUUAACACCCUGUACUAUGUCAUGAUGCUAUCUCAAUACUCAUAAUCCAACACAGAUGUUGAGCCUGACCUCUCAACUUACCCCGGGCAACCCCUCUAAAUAUAACAAUGAUAAUAUAAAACUCAUAACAAAUUUCAAAAUGAGGCAGUCACAUUUGUUUACGACAGCAAAUAAAGUGUAUCUACAACAAUUUGGUGACUGUAAACACAUAAUAACCAAAACACAGGUAGUUUCUAAAACACUGUGUCAAUAGUGACUUCAUCCAUUGCAAUUAUAAUUGGUUUACAUGUACAAAGGUCAUGGGUCACCAUUAACCAUACAAACAAAUGGCAAAAUAUAUAUUACAAUUUCACUCAGUAUCUACUUACGAGCAUAAUUGAACAAAAUCAGAUGAGAAUUCACCCAGCCACAGGUCAGUCGUUGAAAUGUGUUACUGGUAAAUAUUUUGUUACAACAUAAAGCCUUAUUAGUGACAUAAAAGGAGAAGUUGUCUGACUAUAGAUCAAGGUCACAAGAUCAGAGAUAAAGGUCAUAUUUGAUAUAUUUAUCAUAUUUCAUAUGCAAACACUUUUUUAUGACAUAAUGAGACAAUGAUUUCCAGAUUCAAAUAAAAAGUUUUCAGGGGGACAAAACAUGAUUAAUCAAAGUAAUCUAUAGGAAUGAGAUUCUUCGCUGUCUGCGAGUCCGCACAUGUUGAGAGUUGUACACAAUGCAGGGCUAAUUAUGACGUGUUGGUACUCCACGAGAGUAAUUCAAACUUUGUUAGAAUUAUUAGCAUUGUAUGGCAGUUUGAUAGUAUGUACAUAUUCACCAUAGCUGACCUCCAUGGGCUGAUGAUCGGGGCAAAAAGGGAUCCAAUUGACUUAUUCAAAAUCUUAACUCAUGAAUCCAAUACUCUUCCUGAAUGGAAGGAUGUUAGAAUAUGUAACCAAAAUUGUGGGCAUUAUCAAUAAAUUUUUAGUGGAAACAACUCAGGCUUGGUCAGAUUUACUUUCAAGGGAUGAUAUUUUUAAUGUUUUGCACAUUUCACAUUCGUAUUACAUGUACAACAUAGUUCAAGUCAUUCUUAAUUACAUGUUUCAACAACAUUUCUCAGGUGACUGUUCAGGCUUUUGGGACUCUUGCUAAUAAAAUUACUGUUGCCACAAUAUUAACAUUUAUACAUACCUGGAGACCUGAAAUUUAUAAGGUUUCUGUGAUUUUGUUGAUAUUGUACCUGUCAGGUGCGAGAGGGAUAGGUAUGUUAUAUAAGAAGUGGAAUAUAUAAGACUUCUGAGAUUUUAUUGAUAUUGUACCUGUCAGGUGCGAGAGGGAUAGGUAUGUUAUAUAAGAAUUGGAAUCUGUGCUCUAUGUUUGUCCUUCUGGAUCCAGAUAUUUAGCCUUCUAAUUGUUGUUUACUUGCACCUUCAUUGUGACAUCAGAUUGAGACAUCUACAUGAAGCUUAAAGCAGAACGGUCCAGCUACAAAAUGUUUAAAUGUGCUGGUGGUGUGUUUUUUCAAGAAAGACAAGUCGGAUAGGCAGAGGUUCAAAGGAUGGUCCAUUUACUAACAAUCUCUAUGUAGCUCAUUAUUAUCCUUUGGAAUAUACAACAUAUAUAAUAUGUUCAUGAAGUACGCAAUAAUCUUUGUAACAUUACAUCAAAUGAUAUUACAUGUCUGUUCACGUUUAAACAAUUUUUAUAUAAGAUAUAGGGAUAUAAGCAUUUACAAACAGGUGAAAGAAAUGACCUGAAGGAUUACCUCAACAAAAUCAUCUUGGUAAAUAUUGAUAAGUGCACACAUUGAUGUAGGUAAGCCUCAUGUAGAGACUAACAAUUAUGCAAAUACAGUAUAUUUAUGGAGAAUUUCAUGAUAUUAAUUGAUGGAUCAUUUUGUGUAUAAUUUUGUUGAUUAAUAAUUUAGUAUUUGUUUUGAUCUCAUUAAAAAAUUUAGGUAAGAUAUUCUUAAAACUUCAUAAGAUAUAUGUUACCUGGAAAAAGAAAGGAAGGUGGUGCCUUUAGCUUAGAAUAAGACCAAGUAUUAUUAACUUAUUACAGUAUUAUCAAAAGGAUACUGAUAUUGAUCUUCAAACAAUAUAUGUAGCACAUUUAUAUUUUUUGAUACAAUAAAUCAUGGCACAGGAUUGGUGGUACCUUGUUAUAUCUUACAUUGGUUAUAAUUUAUAAAAAAAACCUCAAUAUUGAUGUAAGAAACUCCAGUAAUCUCGGAAUCAUUAGUGAUUAUUGAUUGGUUAUUGAUUGAUGAGUGAUUAGUGAUAAUUGAUUGAUUAGUGAUCAUUGAUUGAUUAGUGAUUAAUAAUUGAUUAGUGAUUGAUUAGCGAUUAUUGAUUUAUUAGUGAUUAUUGAUUGAUAAGUGAUUAUUGA